CAUUUCUCAUGGUGCUGGCCAGCUUUGGGAUACAAUCUCAUGGAUCCCAGGUUUACAACAUCUUCAGCCCAAGCAACAGUGGUCGUACUAUUCAGGAGACAGUGGAAAUUGACAACGAAAAAAAUACCGCCACUGUUAACAUCCACGCAGGGUCAUGCUCCUCUACCACAAUUUUUGACUAUAAACACAAAUACAUUGCAUCUAGGGUGUUUUCCCGAAGAGCCUGCUACAUUUUAAAGAUGGACCAUCAAGCCAUCCCUGCUCUGGACACACUCCAACGGUCCAUCUAUGAGGAGCAGACCUUGAACACCAUGGCAUCUGACAAAUACACCUGGGUGAAGUUCAACCCUCUGAAGUCUCUGAUCACCAAAGUGGACUGGUUCCUGUUUGGGUCACCUAUUCGGAAACUCUGCGAGCACAUCCCCUUGUAUGAGGGGGAAGUGUUUGAAAAGCAGAAACGUGAUAUUGAUAUUGGAGGCUGUGUAAACGCUGGGCUCCUGAACAUCUUUGGAAUUUCCAUCUGUGCAGAUUUUGACUUUUAGAAUGAUAGUCAACCUACUGGUUUCAUAUUUAAAAAAUGUAUAUGUUUGGUUUCCAUUCAGACUCCAAAUUAAAUUCUUAUACAACAUCCCAUCUAAUUGUGAGAUUCAAUAAUAAAACAUGAAUGCUGUAUUUACAG